AUGUCCUCUAGACAAUUAUCUACCACCUCGUCCUCGUCGCUUGCCGCCCUCUCGGCUACCCUCCAGUCUCAUGAUAUAAUCUCCAACCCUCCGCCACCGCCUGAGCCAGUCAAAGCUUGGGUUGAUCCGGCGUCUCUACCCCACCACGGUCACGCUUCGUAUAUCGGAGGGAACGCCCCAGACUACGUCAAACAGCUAAACUACAACACCUUCAUGACUUAUGGCGUCGGCGAGGAGGGCUCCUUUGGCUUCAAAGUCGGCAAGUCGGUCAAGUUCACCGACGUGAACGUAAACAGAAAAAUGGAACGACAGGGGAGACUAGAGGCUACCACCACGGCUGAGAUAGAGGUGACAAAACAUAUGCUAAACGGCGCCGGAAUGCUACACGGGGGCUGCGUCGCAUAUCUGAUAGACAAGUAA